AUAAAACAGAUGUUCCCCGGAAAAGAUAUCAGUUCAUCAUCAGUUCCUUAAUUCGGGUUUUUUUUAGGCCAAACACUCCGUAAAACUCGAUUAAAUUUAAUUAAUUAUUGUGAUUCUAUUAAGUCAUCAUGCUGAGGUUUUUUAUAAUUGCUACCAUCGCUGUUGCUUUUGCUCGUGCUGGUCGUACGUCGGUGCAAGUCGUGGUUCCGGAACAACAGGCUGAACAAAGCGGACAUUAUGUGGAACAAUCUGAGGAGUAUGGAGGCGAAUAUCAAGGCCACGUGAGUGUAGAUGAGGAAAAAGAGUCCUCGGGAGCGGAACUCACCAGUCUGGCGCACACCUCCGCAGUUCAAGCUAAGAACGCCGUUCAGUCCCAGUACACGGCUGGAACCCAGGCAGCUUUUGGUAUUAAGAGUACCUUAGCAAGUGCAGCCCAAGGGGCAGCCCAAACGGCCCAAGCAGCUCUGGUGGGCAAACAAGCGAUCGUGUACAACAUCAAAAAACAAGUGAACGAGGCGGAGAAGCGACUUCAGGCGGAGAUCGCGCAGUACCAACAGACCGAACAGGCGGCCGAGCUCGCACACCAGGUGGCGCAACAGGCGAGGAACCAGGCGGCGGCCAUCAGUGCCGCCUUGGCGUCGGCCCAAACUGGCGGUCAGUUAGCUUCGAAGGCAGCAUCAGAAGCUGCCAACGUGGCGGCCGCUCAGCAAUCGAUGGUGGCGAGAGCUAAACAGCAACUGGCCAAUCUGAUCCAUCAGCUUCAAGAGGCCGUACACGAGCUGAGCCAGACCGAGUCUGCGUAUUACAAAGCGACGGAAUCUGCGCAGCUCGCUCAGUCUAACGCAGCUGAGGCUGGGGCAGCUGUUGUAGCUGCCAGCGCCAAAUCCGAGAAUUCUGGCGGGGAAGGGAGACACUAUGGGCAUCACUAAAUAAAUAGCCAUAGGAAAAUUUGGUUUAAUAAUUGUUAUUUUUCGGUGUAAUUGUAGUUGAAGUACUUAAGCUUUGAGAUUAUUGAUAAUAAUUAUAGUGUUUGCUUAUUUUUGGGCGAUAAACUGAUUGGCAAAUUUUUUUUGUUAUUCUAAGAUUAAAUCUAUUUAACAAGUUAA